AUGAUUAGCAACUCUGUGGAUAAAGCGUUAUUUCUUUCUCAGAGAAGGUUCAUCUCAAUAGCUAGCAGACAAGUUCCUUUGGUCGAUUAUCGGCCUAUUUUACUGUCGCAGCAAAACGUAAAGAAUAAGAAACUUCCUUAUAGUCGAUAUCAGUAUAGUACUCAGGCGAAGAAUAAUGAUAAUUUAACCAAUGAGAACCAAUUGAAAGCCAUAGCGGAUAAACCAACAAAUGUUGUCGUACCAACGAGUAAAGCUAAGAAAAAAGAACCACUAAUCAAGAGAAUAAAACAUGAAUUCAGGCAUUAUGUAAAUGGAACAAAAUUACUGGGUUAUGAAAUUAAAGUCUCUACGAAACAUCUUAUCAAGUUUGUCCAGGGUUACGAAUUGUCAAGGCGUGAAACGAAUCAACUGAAACGUACAAUGGGUGAUAUCUUUAGAUUAGUACCAUUCUCAGCGUUUUUGAUCAUCCCAUUUGCUGAAUUGCUUUUGCCUGUCGCAUUGAAAUUGUUCCCCAACUUACUUCCAUCAACUUACGAAUCAGGUUUUCAAAGACAGUUAAAAAGAACCAAGUUAAUUGAAAUUAGAAAUAAAACUUCUGCAUUUCUACACGAGACUUUAGAUGAAUCGUCAUUCAUCAGUUAUAAUUCGAUUGAAAACUUGGAAAAGAGGAAGGCUUUCUUCGACUUUUUCAAAAAAAUCUAUGAAAAUAAAUCAAAUAAAAGAACAAUGUUCACUCAUGAGGAAAUAGCAACGGUAGCCAAGAUGUUCAAGAGUGAUAUCGUCUUAGACAAUUUAUCUAGACCGCAACUGACUGCAAUGUCGAAAUUUAUGUCUUUGAGACCCUUCGGUGCGGAUAACAUGUUGCGUUAUCAGAUUAGGUCAAAAUUAAAAUCCAUGAUGAAUGAUGAUAAGGUUGUUGAUUAUGAAGGGAUUAAUAGUUUAUCUCACGAUGAAUUGUAUCAAGCGUGUGUUUCUCGUGGUAUGAAGGCAUAUGGUGUUCCCGAGAAUGAUUUAAAGGAUAAUUUAAAAGUAUGGCUUCAAUUGAGGCUAAGAGAUAAAAUUCCAUCUGUCUUAAUGGUCUUGAGUUCUGCAUUCACAUUUGGUGCUUUGCCAAAAGAAGAUAAGAAACAUGAUAAUAAGUCUUACUCUCCUGUAGCUGCUAAGAAGGAACAAAGCUCAAAUUAUGACAAUCUAUUGGAUUUAUACUAUGACGGUAUCCUUCAUGUGCUGAGCACAAUACCUGACCCUGUAUAUAAUAUUGCCAAGUUAGAUGUUACAGAAUCUAAAACAGCCAAGGAAGAGAAGCUCGGUGAUAAGGAGGGACAAGAACAACCAACAGAAUCCCAAAAACUCGCUGAAACAGUCAAAGAAGCUACAGAAAUGGCUACUGGCACCGCAAAGGAUACGGCUAAUAUAAUUUCAGAAUCAAAGAAGGUCAAGAAAGAAGUAGCGAGAGAACAGCAUGAGGAAGAGAAAGAGGAAAAGAAAAUGGAAGACAAAGAAGGAGAAAAGGAAGAUAAGGAUAAAGAAGCCGAAAGAACAACUGAUGACAGUGCAUUUAAGCUAAACGUCUUGAAGGAACAAGAAGAACUUAUCAAGAAGGAAGAAGAAGAAGCAAAGACCAGAAAGACGAGUAAUAAAGAAGUAUCAGAUGACUUAACGUUGGAUGAAGAUGACACCAAAGCGACACCUCCUAUUCCAGCAGAUCAAGCCCCUGAAAGGUCAAUAACCAAAAAAUAA